UCCCUCUUUCCCUUCUUUUAGUACACAUAUAAGUAGGCAGAAGGUAAGAAGGAAUUCCCCUGGCUUCUGCAACAUCGACACUGAACAUCAGGAAAGAACGGAUAACGGCGACAUGAUUCUGAAAGUCUUCCUGUUGCUUUUAGGCUCGGCCAUGGUCUAUGGUAAUGCGCCAUCAAGCGAGACAACAGAAGUGUCAGUGACUACUGGAAGUUGCACAUUGCCAUAUGUUAAGGUUGGAUCCCGUUGUUUGCUUUUCUUUGUUUCUGAGUCUGGUCCCUGGAGUGACAUGGAGUUCCUGUGUCAGUCGGCGGGAGGGCAUCUGGCCAUUGUUGAUGACGCAAACCUUCUUGGCGAUAUUGUUGACUUUAUCGCCGCCAAUGAUUUGUCACCCACACUAUACUGGCUAGGAGCGACUGAUGAGGCUGUUGAAGGGAACUGGAAGUGGGUGGACGGGAGCUCUGUGAAGCUAGGUACACCCUUUUGGCUGCCCUGCACUCACGAACCCAACGGAGGCAUAGCUCAGAACUGCCUGGCUAUCACAGUCUCUUCCUCUUACUACUUCACCGACGAUACUUGUACUAAAUCAAUGACUCCAAUUUGUGAAUAGGACAUGCAAUUUAUGUUAAUAUUUGGUAAAUAAAAAAAAUAACUGCUCAUAA